AGUAAGCCAACCAACGUAUACCCACUACACCAGCAAGUAAACGAGUAACUAAAAGGAGGUGGUGGGUUCCAAGAGGAGGAGGUGGAAACAGGCAGAAAAGAGAGAUCGGCAGCACAGUUUCGUGCCACAGGUUCGCCGAUCACACACUCUCUAUACAACCAUUUGCUUUUACCAUCUCAAACGACACUUACACACUUACGUUAUCACCCAGGCGUCAAUAUUCCCCGUAUACGAUUUUUGUUUAUCAAAAGUUACACUUUUUAUUUCGAAUAUUUACCUCGUUUUCGGUACUGUGUCUUGAUGAUUACCUGAGUGAUAUGACAGUGGACUGAUUACUCGUCAUUAAUUUGUAAAAGUUCAUUUUAUUUAUUUUUUUUUUUUUUACGUUGGUGUUCAAGUGCAAGUAAGUGCUCAUGUUUUAUAUUGAUCAUCAUUUGUUUGCGUAACAAUAUGGCAAACGAGAUGACAUCGAUACCAAGUAUUAGAGCAAUUGUAGCAAUUUUUGUGUUAAAUUUGACACUACUGCAAGCUCAUCGUGAACAUAAGGUACAUAAUAUUGUAUUAUACCCGGAUAAACAUAGUUGGUGCAAGACAACGCCGAUAAAACAAGUUGUCACGUGGCCACAGUGCUCGUCACAGGAAUUGGACAACAAUGUUUGUGUUGGAGCUUGUUUUUCUUAUAUGGUACCUCACAGUGAACCCUCGGCUCCUGGGGACUUGAUCAGACCUUAUUGUGACUCAUGUCAACCACUCGACAGUGUUUGGCAUACUGUAACACUAGACUGCAAAGACGAGGAUAACAAUCCAACGACGAUGUUAAAAAAAGUCCAAAUAAUAACAAAUUGUUCAUGUAGUUCAUGCAUGGAAACGUCGAAAAUAAAACCCGAUUAUAAUACACUCCUGCACACGUUAACAGACGACAGUAUUGACGAUAACGUCAAUCACGUCCAUGAGACACCAGAUUUAUUAUUAAACCCGAACUUAAAUUCGUCUAAAAAUGUCACUAAAGAUGGGAUCGAAGCCAACGAAAGAUUUAUUCAGUACUUUAAACAUCUUAAAGAAUCUAAAAAACUCGAUGAGACGAAUGCUAAAGAAUUAUUUUCGAAAUUAGAAGAUAACAUGAACUUGGAAACAUUGCGCGAAUUAAUUAAAAAAUACGGGCAAGAUGAACAUCACAAGCAUCAUCAUCAGAAAAUAGACGUUGAAGAAAAUCAUACGGAAUCUGAAGAAACUGAAGCGACUCAUGACCCCGACACCGAUUCCGAUGCUGAUACUGAGGAUCAUCAUCACAAUAAUCAUCAUAUUGGUCCCCAUCAUUCGAUAGUUCUUGAUUCAGAUGUUAAAGAAAAAAUAGAUGUCGAGCCUCAUUAUUUACAUCCAGCAGUUGCUGGUCAAGAGAUUAGUUAUCAUGACAAUGUUCUAGUUGACAAAACUAAAAAAAAAGAUUUUUAAUUUAAAAUUUAGAAUUUUUUUGGCGCGUAAAAAAUUUAUAAUUUUUAUUUUAAGAUUUAUGUUGUUGCAGCUAAAAUAUUAGAGAUGAGACAAAAAUUAAUGAACACUUUUUUUUAGGAAAUUUAAUUGUCUACAAAAAAGGCCUCUUUGAGUUUUUGAGUAAAUUCAAUAUUUUAGGCAGAAAUUCGAAUUUAAGUAUGGGGAAAAUAUGUGCCAAUUUUAGGCGGGAAAAAUAUUAAGGUUUAUUUUUUAAAUUACGUUUUUAUAGAUUUUAUUUUAUUGAACACUUAGUUGUCAUUUUGAAGGAUGAAAGAGAAAAUAAUUUUUUUUUAAAUUUAAAUCAAAAAUUGAAAAUAAAAUUUUUUAGAGUAAUAAAUUUUUUUUUUUAUUAUUUUUAAUUAGAAAUUAUGUAUGUAAAAUAAUUAGCAAAAAUAUUAAGCAAUUAGUUUUUUUUUU